AUGGCGGAGCACGCUGCUAUAGCAGACAUGGUCCCAACAAGCAGAGGAGAUGGAAGACAUCUGCAUUGCCUCCAUCCCCAGCGAUAUCAGCUGCUGCAGCUGGCGUCGUCGUCUAUCACAGGUUGUGAGACCUCCCACUCAGCAGCGCCAAAGACGGCGGGUGUCGAAGGCGGUCGCAUCAACAGCGUUAGUGGUAGCGGUGCGCAACCGCGUCAACACUAUCGACGAGCACGCUCGAUCCACAUCACACUUCGCAAGACGCGCUCCGGCAGUCGCCCUGUGAACGCGCAGCGCGACAGCUCGAUAGGCGUGAGCCGCGACCUCGGUGUUGCUACAGGUGUCGCGGAAGGGCGGACCCCCAAUACACGCCAGCGCCACGGCAGCUUCGGGAGUGCCUCGGGCGCGCUUGGCGAUGCAGUGUCACCCACCUCGACCGCGACAGUGACCGGCACCCCAACAGGCGCAGGAGGCGCAGCAGCGUCGUCGCCCUUCACGUUCCCUGUUGUUAGCGGAUGUGUCUCGCCUAAGCUCACCCCACGCCACCACGACGCCAUGUCCGCAUCGCUCACGGUCACGGCCGGCGGCGCACACCGAGCGCCGUUGUUCGACGACGUGGCCAACAGCAACAACAACCCGAAUAGCUGUGGCUCCUCCCGGAUUAUGAACUCGUCUAGUUACACCCCGUACAUUCUCCACACGCAUGGGCGCAGCGGGGACGGCACAGCAUCGGAUAGCACAACAGCCGCGGCCGCCCCGGCAAUAAACAUGCAGACCACGGGGGCAGCGGCCACAAAUGUGGGGUCCUCGUCGUCGUCCAUGGUGGGUGGCGCCGGCGGCAGCAGCAGCAGCGUCGGUCCGUCCUCAGGCAGCUGUGUGCCCACGGUGCACGGCGUUGGUUACUUCAACACCUUUGUGAAGGCGAUACAUCCGUCCGACAUGAAACAGGCGCUGCUGCCGCCGAACAUGCGUGACCGUGCCGUGGUCCUCGGCAUGAAGCACGGCGACCAGGCAGCGGAGGCUAUGGCAGCGCAUCGCCGACCCUUCUCGUCGGGUGCGAUUUCACGUCGAAGCAGCAGCUUCUCCGGCAAUCACGGGCGUGUGCACCACCAUCCCUCCGUGUCGAGGGCACAGGCCGUCUCGCAGCGGAGUCAUGCGAGCGGCUACAGCGGCGGCCUGCGCAGCAGCAGCAUGAGCGGCUGCCACACUGCUGCCGGCAUCUAUAACGGCAAGAACAGCAGCCACCGCCACGCAACCGCGACGCAUGGCCUCCAGGACUGUGCGCCUCCAUAUCCAGACAGCGCCUCCGUUGCGCUGCAUCCGCAACCGCACCAACAACAGCAGCCGGGCCAUCCGCCGACGCCCGCGUGGCGGGGUCACCUCUCCAGUAUGCCGACUGUGAACCUCGGCACCUCGCCUCGUCUUUCACCGUCUGCAGUACCCGCCGCCGCGUCUGACCAGCAAGAUCAACACCGCCGUCACUAUCGCGCGCGCAGCUACACGGUGGGGGGCCGGGUUCGCAGCAGCAGCAGCAGCAGCGGCGGCGGUGCCGUGGUCGUUGCCACCGCUGCGGACGCCACGACACCAAAUGCUAGCGGCAGAGUUGGCUACGUGGACAGCGCCCCCUCACCCAGCCCGAACCGCUCCGUCUCUCUCGCCUCCUCCAGCCCUACUGCUGCAGCGCCGGUAUUCGGCGCCGUGGCGACGACGGCAGCGGGGCAGUGCUCCCGCACCUCCACCUUGAUCCAUCACCCCAGCCUGAGCAGGGAGGGAUCCUCCGUGGAGACAACGAUGACGGCCAUCACAGCCACCUUGCCGCCAGCGUCGCCCCUGCCAGCGUACACGGAGAGCAGAGCCUCCUCUGCCGUCACAGGCACAAUGACGCCGCGGACGCCGCGGCCAGCCAACGCCGCAAUCGAAGCAGCGGCAGCGGGGAUCAGCAGUGCGCAACGGGGCAUCCGCCUCAUCGAACACCCGAGCCACGGCGCCUCCUCCGGGCAGCAGCGGAGCGUGUCUUCAGAUAUUGUGAACGGUCUCGACGACUCUGUCGACAGCGUGCGAUGCGGCAGUGUGCCGAGCGCGUCGAACACGUCGGCGGCCAACAUGAUGGGCAGCGCGAGCGGCACGCUAGACCGCUACAACUACGGGGGUGCCACGGCGGCUAGUCGGCAAGGUGGCACGGCGGUCUUUGCCACCUCGCACCGAUAUGCUAGAGACAGCGUGGCGAGCGAGGACAAGACAGACGACGAGGGCCGCCGUCAUCGCGGUCCGCUCCGUCGCUACAGCACAACACUCACGAACACGACGACGGAAGACGAGGACGAGCCGCAGCAGCAGCUGGCUCAACCGUCAACCCUUGAGCUGCUCCGCGGUAAUCACUUGAGACGGGAGAGCGGUGCGGGUGGUGGCGGCGGUAACGUCAAUGUUGCUGCGGUGCUGAGUCGCGCGCGCGCAGCCCGCGCGAGUGCGACGGGAGCGGCGGCCGCCGGUGCCACCAACCGCGAUGGCUCACCGACGACCGCCAUCGAGCGCUGGCGUGCGCAGGAGCAGCAACGAAAGAGGGACGAAGAGCGGCAGCAACAACGGCAGCGGCAGCGGCAGCGGCUAAGCGCACGGCAGUGGCGUGAGGCCUUUCACAGGCUCCAGGAGAAGCGCGUGCGGUGGCGCAUGCGCGGCUACAUUGGACGCGGCACCUCUGGCGUGGUGUACGAGGGUGUCCUGGAAGACUGCAAGCAGACCCCGGUGGCGGUGAAGGUGCUAGAGGUCGGCGUUCCCAUACCGGUCGACCUCGACACCUCUGGCGAUGACAACGACGGCCAGAGCAGCAGGCAGGCUCGGUACACUGAAAAUAGCGGCGCCCCCACAAGCGCUGCUGAUGCCGCUGCCGCGGACGCAGCGUGCAUGUCGCCCUCCCAACAGGAGGCGCUCCUCGUGCUUCUACGCGAGGUGGAGAUGAUGGAGAAGCUGCACCACGACAACAUCGUGACGUGCCUGCGCUGCCAAGUCACGCCAGUGCAGGACCGAUACUUGGAACUACACCAGCAGCAGCAGCAGCAGCAGCAGUGCCGUGACGGCGGCAGCAACAAUGGCGAGGGCCUCUCCGGCACGGCGGCAGCUGGGAGAGACAGCGAAGAGGUCGGUAAGCGGCGGCACGACAGCGCCGGUCGUCACUAUGUCGGCAACGGCAAAGCCGCCGUCUGCGACGGUGUCUUCUCCGCAAGCCAGUCGCCGCAGCGCAACGCCGCUCCCCGCAUUCCUGUCCAGGUGGAGAUCGUGAUGGAGCUGUGCAACCGCGGCACCAUCUCCAGCGUCGUUCGCCGGUCGCCUGGCGGUCAGCUGCCAGUGAGGGUGGCUCGACGAUACCUUCGCGAUGUGCUCAAAGGCCUCGCCUACCUGCACCGCAACAACUUCAUUCACCGGGAUGUGAAGGGCGAUAACGUUCUCAUCAGCGCAGCCGAUGUAGCGAAGCUGGCGGACUUUGGGUGCUCGCGGCGCAUCGUGUUGACGAACAACGUCCACGGCGCCGCUGACAGCGAGGGGGGCACCAGCAGUAUCGCCACCACGCGCACCGCCGCGACGGACUCGCGCUUCACGACCAUGGCGGAAUAUCAGUGGUUCGACACCACCGGCGUGGCGCAGACGAUGGUCGGCACGCCCAUGUUCAUGGCACCGGAGAUCAUUCAGGCCUCGGGGCCGCCGUGCAUGACGACGCCGACCGCGAGCUCUCCAGCGUCUUCGACCUUUGAAGGCAACGAUGGCGGGCACGGGAGCAGCAGCAAGGCCACGCCACCGCCAGCACCGGUCGGCUACACCGCCUCGGCAGACAUCUGGUCUUUUGGGUGCCUCGUUCUCGAAGUCUUUGGCCGCACACCGUGGCCAGCGUCGGGGGGCAACGCCUACCACCUCAUGAAGCAGAUCGAGCAGUCGGUUGCCGACCUCCCGCCUGGGGUUCCAGAUGGCACACCGGCGGAGCUGCUGGACCUGCUGCGCUGCUGCUUUCACCGCGACCCGCACCGUCGCAGCACGGCCCGUGCACUGCUCCGUGCACCGUGGAUGACGUGCAAGGACGAGGAGCUGGAGGAGAUGCCACCGCGCAGACGUUAUUAG